AUGACCAAGCUUGCGGACUUAACGCUGGAGCUUCAGAAGACGCAGAUUGAUGAUAGAGACAACACUCUCACACAAUUGCCGUUACACGAAGAGCCAGAGAAGCUGUCCUCUGGAAAGCUGUCACCCCCGCUUCCCCCACUAGAUACAAAGGAUCCGAUGAAAUCUACAAAACACUCGCGUCCUUCCUCCUCACGUCCCUCGCCUACGCUCUCAAUGAGCUCAUACGCAGGCACCUCGCAGCAUCCAAACCCACGCGCUAGACUUUUGCUUAAUAUGCCUGAUACUCCCACUUCUCUCGCGGGUAAAGAAGACGACCCUUUCGCUAAAAAGUUCGCUCCAAAUCAGAAUGAAAUGAAAGGCGUUUACUCAGCACAGCAGUCACGCUCUUCCUCUAUCGGUUUAGAGUCUUCCAGCGAGUGGGAGGAUGAAGAUCCCUCCCCAAAACCCGCAAAAAAGAAAAAAAACAAAGCACAAGUUAGGUCAAUGUCUCAGGAUGACACUGUCCAGAAAAAGAAGGAAAACAGCUCAGAUUAUCCACGCCUUCAGAAUGCUACCACCCAGAUAUCAAGGAGGUCUUCUUACAACGACAAGAAUGAUAAAUCUGGUAAGCACCGUUGGGCUGCUAUCAAAUCAAAGAUCAUUGGUCAUAAAUCUAUACAACCACGUACUGGCGCUGAAGUUGACUUGGUCACUGAGUGCAUGUAUGGUAUGUUACCCGCUGUGAUGCUCAAAAUGGCUCUCGAUCGCGAUGAGCAUCACUCUCCACGUAUACCUGUAUUUCUCCAUCACUUAAAAAUUAGAGUCAGCGAUAGUGUUCAUCCACUCUCCAACACUCACGCUAUGUUUAGAAUUGAGUGUCAGUACGGUGAUUCCAACCUAAGAUGGACCAUUUAUCGCGAACUACGUGACUUUGUUAGUCUACAUACCCACUUCCGCGUCGCCUCAGUCAGAAGAGCGAUGGAUGGCUUACCAGAAUUCCCAAAAACAAGCUUACCCUACUUUAACUUACUCAAAAGGGAGGGCAGACUCAAAGGUAAAGAACUCUCCAAGUCGGAUUUCGCUAGAAUGCAAAGAGAUUCAUUACAAAACUACCUCAUUGACCUUAUCCGUGCCACAAUGUUCUCAUCCUCCGCCAACCGCAUUUGUAGAUUCUUUGAGUUCUCAGCACUUACAGUCUGCUUGAUCCAGAAUGGCGGUAGUCAAGGUAAAGCCGGUUACCUGCGCAUCAUGUCAAAUAACUGCGGUAGACUCUCUGCACAACCAUCGAUUGUUUCGGCGAUAAGCAUUAAGAAGUUGCGUGAACCAAAGUGGUGGAUUGUCAGAGACGACUACUUGGUAUGCGUCGAGGAUGCCCAUUCAAUAAGUGUUUAUGACGUCUUCUUGAUUGAUAGUGACUUUUCCAUCGAAAGGCCAAAAAGAUACUACAGACAAACAGCUAAUGCAAUUAGAGCGCCAUUUAUCGAGGGUGAGGCAUUCCUUCAGCACCAUCAUCCUCACUUGCACAGUCACUCUCACUCACGCCAAGUUUCUCAACCUAAGGAUUCCAGGUUAGAUACGAUGAAGAGCACUGAAACACGUCCAUCAAGCUCACAAGAACAUGAUCGUGACGAUAGUGUUGAGGAAGCUAGAUUGGAGCAGCAGCAGCAGCAGAAUAUAAAUGAGCAUGCCGUUGAUUCUGACCCUCAAUUCGCCGUCUCAAAUGAAGUGAAAAAGAGCAAGACUAAAGAUACCUCAACACACACAUUCUAUAUCCGCAAUGCAGAAAGAAGGAUGAAGCUCGUAGCAAAAAACGAAAGACAAAUGGAACAGUUUAUCCAGAGCAUGAUGAUGAUGAAAAAUAACACACUAUGGUCAAAGAUUCACAGAUUUGACUCAUUCGCACCAGUUCGUCUCAACGUCAGUGCACAAUGGCUUAUUGAUGGACGCGACUACUUCUGGCAGCUGUCUCGUGCAGUUUCAUUAGCCCGGGAAAGUAUAUAUAUUCACGAUUGGUGGUUAUCGCCUGAGCUGCAGCUGCGCAGGCCAGGUCAUCCUAAAUGGACCCUUACAAAUCUCCUUCAAAGGAAAGCAGCAGAAGGCGUCAAAAUUUACGUUAUUGUGUAUAGAGAAGUCUCAAAUGAGUUUACGCCUAUCGACUCAAACUACACGAAACAAAAACUGCGUUCGUUGAAUGAGAACAUCAUGGUUCAGAGAUCUCCUUCACAUAUCACCACAGGUGUAUUGUACUUCUCGCACCACGAAAAGCUAUGUGUAGUUGAUCAGACAAUGGUAUUUAUGGGUGGCUUAGAUCUUUGUUUCGGUAGAUGGGACACUCCACAGCACAUUUGUGUCGAUGAGGGAGGUGAAAACGGAGAUGAAUAUAUCUGGCCAGGAAAAGACUACUCGAAUGCACGUGUAUCUGAUUUCCGCGACCUCAACAAGCCAUACGAGGAUAUGUUCGAUAGAAGCACUACGCCUCGCAUGCCAUGGCAUGAUGUGGGCUUGCAGCUUAUUGGUCAACCAGCGCGUGAUCUUUCGCGCCACUUCAUUCAGCGCUGGAACUAUCUUUUGCGAACAAAGCACCACAGUCGCGAGCUUCCCUUCCUGUUACCACCAAACGACCUCAGCAACCGUGAUCUCGAAAUGCAAAAGAUGAAUGGUACACUCGAGAUGCAAAUAUGUCGCUCUUGUGGACCAUGGUCGAUUGGAACACCUGAUAAGAUCGAGCACUCGAUUCAAAAUGCCUACGUCAAGGCGAUACAGAAAAGUGAACACUUUGUCUAUAUCGAAAAUCAAUUCUUUGUUACAUCCACCAUUGUGGAUACUACAGUGAUUGAGAAUCAGAUUGGGGAUGCUUUAGUGAACCGCAUCAUUCGCGCACAUCGCGAGAACACAACGUGGAGGGCCUGUAUCAUUAUUCCUCUCAUGCCAGGCUAUUCCCAGUCGGUAGACAACCCUGCAGCUUCAUCUGUAAGACUGAUCGUUGACUGUCAGAACAGAUCCAUCUGUCGCGGUGCACAAUCGAUCUUUGCUAGACUUCGCAAGGAGGGUAUUGAUCCUGACGACUACAUAACCUUCUUCAGUUUGCGCAACUGGGGUAAAUUCAAAUCAGGUAACCUCACUUCGGAGAUUCUUUACAUUCACGCCAAGACGAUGACUGUCGAUGAUCGAUUGACAAUAAUAGGAAGUGCAAAUAUCAACGAGCGCAGUCAGCGCGGUGACAGAGAUUCGGAGUUAGCUUCCAUUAUCCGCGACACUGAUAUGAUAGAUUCAGAGAUGGCUGGCAGACCGUACAAAGUUGGGAGAUUUAAUCACACUUUGAGAAUAAGAUUGAUGAGAGAGCAUCUCGGUAUUGAUGUCGACGACCUUCAUAUGAAUGAGCAGAUGGCUAAGGGGAGAGCAGCAGAAGCAGCAGCAGCUGAAUCAACAAAUUCAGCACCCCCAGCUGGACCAACCGAUCCUAACACGCCAGGGAUCGCAAAUACUGAAGGAACUAAUUACUGGGCGCCUGAGCACGACCACGUGCAUACAAAGGACGACAGACACCCUACUAAUGUAGCAGCAGAGGAUCUGCAAAUAACUGAUCCAAUAGACAGGUUGCAGAGUGCGCUAAAAAAGUCUUAUCACGAAAUCAAGGGGGAGAUGGCGGAAGAUGGGAGUAUAGCGAAAAAGGUGGAGCAGGACCAAGCGGAUAAACGUGAGAAUGGGGAGGCUGUAUCUGCGGCUGACAAGAGCGGUGGCAGUAACCUUGAGAGGCGGACUCGGUCGAGAGGAUUCAGUACUACUAGUUCGGCGAUAACGAACGAGCGCCGCAGUAGGAGAUCGACGCAGGCACUGACAAGAGGCAAUACCUAUUCUAUGCCAUUCCUAGGACCAGAUUUCGAUAAGGAUAGUUUUGUGGAUCCGUGUUCGGAGGAAUUCUUUGAGGACAUUUGGAUAGCUUCAGCGAUAUAUAACACGGAAAUCUAUCGCAAAGUGUUCCAUUGCACGCCAGAUGAUACGGUGACUACUUGGAGGCAGUUCAAGAACUUCAGCAUGAUGGCUGAGAAACACAAGAAGCCGAUCGUGGAGGAGAGUAUGGAGAGGUCAAACAGCGGGACGUCUUCUAAGUAUUUGAAUGGGAUGACGAGUGCGGGUAGUGGGAGUAAUGGGGAAGACGAUACACAUGCGCAAAAGCCACAGAGAAGCCGGAGAAAUAUGCGUAAUGGAAGUAUGACGGCUGAAUCUGGAGGGUAUACGAGGAGUGAAAUCGACGCAAUGGAGAAGCUGCUUAAUCGGCUCAAGGGGAAUUUGGUGGUGUACCCUACCAAGUUUUUAGAGACCGAGGACAUGUCUGGUAAUUUCCUCUUUAAUGCCGAUCAUUUACAUCCAUUACAAGUUUACAACUAA